AUGACAAUACGAAGGAUUCAUAGAACCCGAAGGUCAUUGGCUAUUGGACGAAGACGAUCUCUAUGGAAUGAUGGUAUUAUUCCGUAUGAAAUCGAAGAUAUAUUUAGUGGAGAUCAACGCAGAUUAUUUGAACAAGCAAUGAGACACUGGGAACAAUCGACUUGUAUUCAUUUUGUUAAAAGAAUUAAAGAAAUUCAUAAAAAUUAUGUAGUUUUCACUAAAUUAGAAUGUGGAUGCUGUUCACCUGUUGGUAAAAAACGGUAUGGACCCCAAACAAUAAGCAUAAUCAACCAAUGCAGCAAUUUCGGUACAAUUUUACAUGAAUUGGGUCACGCUAUCGGGUUUCACCACGAGCAUACACGUUACGAUCGCGAUCAGUAUAUUGAGGUUUUCCUAGAUAAUAUUCAAAAAGGAAAUGAAGAUAAAUUUGAUAAAUUGUCACUAGAAUCUACAAAUACGUUGGGUCAACCUUAUGAUUAUAAUUCCAUAAUGCAUUACCCGAGAUUUGCUUUUGCAAAGAGUAAGCUUCGUAGUACAAUUGAACCAACACGUAAAAUAUAUGGGAGGACACCGGAUAUUGGUCAGAGAAAUGCUCUGAGUACCAGUGACAUUACUGCUACAAAGUUGCUGUAUAAUUGUUCUGCAGAUGGCGGGUCAUUUUUUGAGCCGCACGAUAUAAUUAUCCCGCCAAUACAUCCAAAUGAUUCACCAAAAGUUUCCGAUAAAUGCAAAUGGACAAUCAGAGCUGCGGAAGGUGAACGAAUAAAGGUCACACUAACAUCAUGGGAUAUUCAAGAGACUCCCAACUGUACAGUGCAGUAUGUGGAAAUAAAAGAUGGCUACCAGGCAAAUAGUCCUGUCUUAGCUCGCAUAUGUGGUGAAGAUAAAACUGUUAUUGUGACGGCACAUAAUUUUGUAUCGGUAACAUAUGCCAGGACUCGUUAUGAAAAUUAUCACCUGGGAUUUAUGUUGAAAUACGAGGCUUUUUGCGGCGGUGAUAUUAAUUUAGAAAGAGAUGAUAUUUAUUACUUAGAAUCGCCAAAUUAUCCAGGGUCAUACGAACCGAAUAAACAGUGCUAUUGGUCCAUCAAAGUUCCUACCAAACAUUAUAUAGUAAUUAAAUUUAAUUACUUUGAACUUGAAGAAAGUGAAGAUUGUGAAAAUGAUUUUGUAAAAGUACAAGAGGGUAGAAAUGAAAAUGCGCCAAUUAUCGGAAGUUACUGCGGUGAAAACGACCACUUGGAAGUAGCUUCUCUGAUGAGAAGAAUUUUUCUGACGUUUGUUUCUAAUGAAUCGAAAGAAGCGGGAGGUUUUUCCGCCACUAUUUCUGUGAAACCCAUUAAUAACAAUAAUUGA